GCGGUUGUGGCGUCGAGUUGGGCACGGUGCUGGGGGAACGAAGGUUCUUCAACAUGCCGUCCAUAUGGCCAGACGCAACUUCAGGAUUGCCACACCCUUGGCCCUGCUCCUCUUCAUCCCGAGGCAGUCUUUCAACAAUAUCCUGGACAAUUACUCCUCCGAGCAGCAGAGAUUUUGCCUCGUGAAGGAGAACACGAAGCCAGACGGAUGUAAUGCCGCAGUUGCACUGAGCCUCCCGCUGCAUCCGUACUGUGACCUACAAGAUUGGUCAGACGAUCAACGUUCGGGCUCCAUGUACAUCAUCAAAGGAGGGUCGGCCGAAGUCUUCGUCAAUCACCGCUACGUCAAAGAGGUGAUGGAGGAAUCCCUACCCCGAACAGAGCGAGCCCGGCAAGAGCGCACUGGAUCUACAGGAGCACCUGCGCAAGAGCCGUGCUUUCUCCAAUGUUUACUUCGAGCCCGGCGAGGACAUCUUCCGCUGCGGCGAGGAUGGGAUUUGGAGGAGUCCCGCAGGAGAGUGCCUUUGGCGACGAGCUCGGCAGGCUGA